ACAUUACACAAAAAUAACAGUUCGUACUUGGAUUCAAGAUAUAGUGAAAAUUCAACACACUCAUAUAACAUCAAUAUUCAAAUGUUCAACUAAAUAUUCAAAAAGUAGGGUUAGACGAAGGGAAAACCCCAAAAAGAGGUGGAAUUCGCAAACCAAAAGGAAAAACAAUACUGUGUGACCUCCGAUCAAGAAACCUUGUGGCGGGUCGACCUGCAGGUGUGUUGCACCCAUUUUUUCAUGGUUAUGGGUUAAUACGGACUAACCCGAGAAUUGACCCGUGGGUUAACAACCUUGGCAAGCUAGCUAGCCCCCGACCCGUGAAUCCGAGUAUGAUACAAGUAGGAACGACAAUUUCGACCUGACCCGUUUUACCCGACCUGCGAGGUAGGGCGAACAUGGGUACAUUCAUCGACUCGACCUGUCCUGACCCGUCGCAUUCUCGACCCGUUCUUGUCUAAAUUAAAUGUAAUCUUACUCAAUUUACUUAAUAUUUUCCUUUUCUUGCAUCAUAUUUUAGCUAAAAUAAAGUUAUAAAUUAGUGAAAGUCUCAAUUUCUCCAAUAAUUUAACUACAUUUAUCAUAUUAUGGUUUGUUUCUUGGUCUUAUAUGGAAUAAUUAAUUUUUUUAAUAUUUUUAUACAAAAUGCAUAUUCACUAUGUCCACCUGCCCCAACCCACACACAAUGAUAAAUUACAUGACCUCGACCCGACCUGCCACGAAACGGGUAUUGGUAUCAAGAAACCCGCUCCGGACUUGCCAAGAUGCAAGAACUGCAAUAACCCAACUCGACAAAAUAAUACUAAACAAAAAUUCUAUUUUCAUCAUGUGUGAAAAUUGGAAACACAAAUACACUCUCACUUUCAAGGAAACAGAGAGACGAAACCUGAGCGGAAAAAGAAGCUCUGAUUAUGCUUUACCGGGUUCUUCCCCCCUUCCUUCUUUUCUGUAUAUUCCAAAUCGGCGGGCUGACCGUGGCUCUGCCUGUCGGCUGUACGGUGUUCAGAUGAUGCAUGUAACAAUGCUAUAUAGAUAACCAGAGACUCCAAUUGAGUGGGAGAAGACCAAGAAAAGGAACAAAACAAACAAUAUGACACUGCUAAAUUUUGCUCAAGUGGAUCAGAAUCGUCCUGCUUCUUCGACUUCUUGCUCCAUGAAGCUCGAGAGGAAAGUUGUGGAGAAAAAUAGACGGAACCAUAUGAAGACUAUGUACUCCCGCCUCUACUCUCUCCUCCCCACUUCUUGCUCCAAUCAGGGAUCAGCUGCUGUGGGAAUCUCAUCCUCGCCGUCGCCGGGAUCAGGAGUUGCUGACCGGAUAGACGUGGCAAUAAGCUACAUAAAGAGCAUGGAAUCGAAGCUGAAGAAAUUGGAGGAGAAGAAAGAAAGUCUGGCGACGAGCAGAAAGAGACUGCGGAAAUGUAGUAGCGGUAUAUAUUGUAGUGAUGGACCGAAGUCAAAGGGGGCGAGGAGAUGGUCGGCGGCGCCGGAAUUGCAGAUCCGGCAAGUGGGUUCUGUUGUGGAGGUGGUUUUGACUAGUGGGUCGGGUCGUGAUGAGUCCAUGGUGCUGUUUCAGGAUGUGAUCCGAAUUCUCGAGGAUGAAGGCCUUGAAGUUCUGAAUGCUAGCUUCGCUGUAACUGGGAAUUCCACUUUCUUCUCUACUGUUCAUGCAAAGAUAGAGGAAUCUUGUUUCAGCUUUGAAGGAGCAAAAGCGUCGGAAAGGCUGCAAAGGUUAGUUUAUGGGUCUGUAAGCGAUCAAGAACUGGAGGCAGAGUUAUGGGACCUGGGUCCUGGAGAUUCAUCCUGAUACCUGGUAGCUGCUUCAUAUAUACUUGUAAUUCCUUGAUAGCCUAGACAACCAUUUAUCUUUAUAGUCCAUGUCAAUUGAAUUGUACUGAAGAGUAUAGCUUCUGUAGUUUCUGUCUCUGGGAUUUCCUCUCUCGGUCUUCUUUCCCCGGAAGAGAGAAGAUACGGCAGAAUGUCUAGUGUUAAAAUGAAAGCAAAGAACAAGAACACCAAAUUUAAUAUGGUUUCCCUGAUCGACAGAACUAGUACACGGGAGAAUCAGAGCUCUCCAAGUCAAUCUUAAUAUCUUGUUACCCACUAUACACGAGUUGCAAAAAUAUUUAUAGAGUUUGGCUAAACCCUAUAGACUAAGGACUUCUUAUAAAAACAAUAAAAUAAAUAAAGACUAAGGACUUAUUGUUAGGAAAUCACAUUUCCUAAUAAUGGUAUGGGACACGUAUUUUAACAAUUACUAGAAAAGUCCGCUCACUGCGUUUCGCGUCAAGCGAGCAAUGUGAAAGGUUGUAUGUAAUUGUAAGAGGAAAUAAACUAUUACGUAAGGAACACAAAUUCAAAAAACUGCAGGUCUAGCUCCCAUUUUAAUUGUUGAGACUUUAUUACUGGGAUUCUCUUGUUCUUCGAUGAAUACUACUAUCGCGAUCCAUUCCCCCACCUUGCAGGUGUCCUCGAGAUCUACCAAAUUGCUAAAGAGAUAAAUAAGAGAGCAAAACUAAAUACAAACAAUGAAGUUAUUGAGGUCACAAAAAACCAAAAGGCAAGAUACACUUCCAUAGUCAUAACUUUCACGUUUGUGUUGGGUCCAAAUCGUUGUGGCCAAUCCUCUUAUUCAAUCCCUAAUUCUAAUCCUCUUCAAUCAUUGUUGCCGCCCACCCCUUCCGCUGUGCCGUCUAGAUCUACUUUUCAAGAUGAAGAACUCUUCCGAGGAUUUCGAUGCGGCGAGAUUGUAGUGCAGACACCAUAGUCGGCAGGAACUUUGUUAUGUGGAGGGGCAUUGGGGGGCAUGUCCGGUGGAGGAAGUGGAAAGGACUAUUGGCUGUGGGGCCACUUGUCUUUUUGACUACGACGAUGGUGAGAAACAAGGGGAUUUUGGAAAAGAGAGGCGGAAGACUGGACUUCCUCGCCGGGGUUCUGGGUAUUGUGAUGAAUUGACGGCGACGACAAAGCAGAGGACGUCGCAAGUAGCCAGGUUCUUGUCGUGAGAAGAAGAUAUCUUUAAAAAUCGGAUUUGACAUAUAUAAGAUAUUCUUUUAUUUAAAAUGUGAUGUGGCUGCCAUGUGGCAUGGGAGACAUGAUGUGUCGUCUAGGUGGCAGCUAAUAAGCUUAACGUUCAUUUAACUGACGGAAUAGUUGACGGUGUUAAAGUAUUUGACGAAAAUGGCUAAAUUAGUCCAACAAGUUUUAAAAAUGUAUCUAUAUCUGGUAUUUCUCCAAAAAUGGCUAUUAUUGUCACAAACGCGAAAGUUAUGGCUAUGAAAGUGUAUUUUGCCAAACUAUAAUGAAGGAACGUAUCAUCUUGUGUCGUUGGUUCAGAUGACACUUAUGUUCUUUUAAUGGAGAUAAAUAAAAUUUUCAGUUGUCUUCGUAUUCGAACUCGAUAGAAAAAGAGAUAAAUAAGGCGGCAAAAAUCAAAUAUGGACUAAGAAGUUCGUUUCGUCAAAAUUCUUGAGAGAUAAAAAUAAAAGAAAAGGAAAAGAGAUAUAAAUAAAAGUGGAUAUUGCAAAUGAAAAUAAAAAGAGAUUUGAAAGGGCCCACAUGUACAUUAUAUUAUAACUAAUGACCUUAGAGUUGAUGUUAUUUACCAUAAAAGCUCUUAAUGAAUAGUAAAAGGUAGA